AAGUCUCGAACAUUUGUAUUUAUUUUUCGCAUGUAAUAAUAAAAUUUUUCUUGGCAAAUUUCGGCGAACUCGGUUCACCCAAAAUCACGUGUUUUUUAUUUUGAAUGCUUAUAUACAUUGUAUUAGUUAUAUAUAGAUAAUGUCAUCCGAGCUUAAAUUAUUGAAACAGCGCAUCACUGAACUUGAGGCUGAGAAUACAGAGCUUAGGAAAGAGAAUACUGAGAUCCCCUAUCUUAGAAACAAGCUCUCUGAAAUAGCUGAACUUAAGCGCAGGAAUAUUGAGUUUCUAAGAACGAAUAAGGAAUAUAACGAGAGGCGUGAUGCUGAAAAUGCCAAACUCAAGGCCAGAAUCGAGGAGUUGGAGAAAAACAAGGAAGAUUCUUCAGCUGAGAAUGUUAGGCGUGAUGCAAGAGAUAAUAACGAAGAAAGCAAACAGUUAACUUCCCGUCAAUCAGAAGUUAUUUCUAAAGAAAUGAUUUCAGGAUAUGAUCAGAAUACUAUAGAUGAGAUAGAGCCUCAAAGCUCUGCUUUCUCGAAUACUAUUAAUCUGGCAUUGAAUGUAUAUGAGAAGGAGGAUAAAAAAAAGACAGAUGCUUUCUUGAACGAGGUGGAUAAGAAAAUGAUUCAUGACAGGAUUAGGCAAAGGAAUAGAGAGAAAAAACUUCAGCGAAAAAACGAACAGGGUUUGAUUCAAGAAAUUAAUUCAUCCAUGAAAGAAAAACACAUCCUCUCGGCUGUGACUGAAAUUUCAGCGAACCAAGUUCGCCCAAAUUCUUUAGCAGAGAGAAAUGAAGAGCGAGCGGUCCUCCCUGAUAUUAUUAAUCUAUAUGAAACUGCAUGCGGUGCGGAAAAGAAAGCAAUCGAAGCCAAUAGAAAAGAAACUUUGCAUUGGUGUUUCUAUGCUAGAGAAUUCAAGAGAAUGUAUAAAGAUUUUAUGAUCAACAAUAAAGUUGGGGAAAAGAAAGUGAAAGGUCAGGUAUAUGAUUUUAUUAUCAAACAACUUCCCGAUACUAAAUGCAAAACUUUAUGUAGGCAAACACAGUAAGCUUUGAGAAUUGAUGAUUUAUUCAAAAAAAUAGGAAUAGACAAGCUUCAAUACAUAAAAACAUAUAGUGCAGAUACUAUUUCGAAAUUUACUGAUCCUCAGAUUCAAACAAU